AUGUAUGCCCAGCACCUGCUGUCGUAUGCACCAACCCCAUACAGCUACACACCGAACCCUGCGCGGUCGGCCUCAAUCAAUCUUGAUGAAGAAGUGAAACUGGCUGGCAGCUCAACAGAGCGCGAUCUGUACGAGUCACUCGCUGAGAUCUACAGUAUCAUCAUCACACUGGAUGGCCUUGAGAAGGCAUACAUCAAAGAUGUGGUCAGCGAAGCAGAAUACACCGAGACAUGCACAAGGCUAUUGAAGCAAUAUAAGUCCAGUCUAGGGGAUGACUCGGUUGCUCGCGAAUUCGUGGAUCUUGAAACUUUCAAGCGGACGUGGGGUUUGGAAUGUCCACGAGCCACCGAGCGACUGCGUAUCGGUCUUCCAGCCACUGUCGAGCAGGCAUCCCACGGAGCCCCCGCUCCCAGCAUGGGUGCGGCAGCAGCAGGGCCCGCUGGCGGUGCCUCGGGCAGUCUCAUUCUAGCGGCGACCGAGAACUUCAUUACAUUCCUUGACGCGCUCAAACUCAACAUGGUGUCCAAGGACGCGUUGCAUCCGCUAUUGUCAGAGGUGAUCCAGUCGGUGAAUAAAGUGACGGACGGCGAGUUUGAGAACCGCGGCAAGAUCAUCCAGUGGUUGAUAUCCCUAAACCAAAUGCGCGCUACCGAGGAAUUGAGCGAGGAACAGGCGCGGGAACUGGCCUUUGAUAUCGAGCAAGCAUACCAAGGGUUCAAGGCGACGCUGAAUUGA